GUCAAGGACUUCGGCGCAUUUAUUUACAAAGUGUAUUUUAUCUUUACUUUACUAUCUUUUACACUAAUUUUAGCAAUGGCGUACGUAAAUCUAAGCAAAGAUUUGCCUGACAUUGAAAACAUUUUGGCGUUGAAUCCACGGACAAAACAUCAUGCUACCUUGACAACGACUGUUGCUACAAAGAAAGCGCGUAAGCACUGGAAGAGAAAUUCGGACAAAUCUUGUUCCACAUGUAAACCAUUGAAAAACGAUUUUGACGAUAUCAAACAUACGACUUUGAGUGAGCGUGGAGCGUUAAAGGAAGCGGCAAGAUGCUUGAAAUGCGCCGAUGCACCAUGUCAGAAGAGCUGUCCCACUCAGCUAGAUAUUAAGUCUUUCAUUACUAGCAUUGCAAAUAAAAAUUACUAUGGUGCAGCUAAACAGAUUUUCUCCGAUAAUCCUCUCGGACUCACUUGUGGAAUGGUAUGCCCAACAAGUGAUUUAUGUGUUGGUGGAUGCAAUCUGUAUGGUUCGGAAGAAGGUCCUAUAAAUAUUGGCGGGUUACAGCAGUUUGCAACAGAGAUAUUUCGUGAUAUGAGAAUCCCACAGAUACGUGACCCGUCUAUUGGGGAUGAAAUUCAGAAACCAGCUUACAAGCAAAAGAUUGCUUUAAUUGGUUGUGGACCAGCAAGCAUAAGUUGUGCUACAUUUCUAGCAAGACUUGGAUAUUCAGAUAUCACUAUAUUCGAAAAAAUGGACUACAUUGGAGGAUUGAGUACAUCUGAGAUUCCUCAAUUUCGACUACCUUAUAAUGUUGUUUCAUUUGAAGUUGAUUUGAUGAAAGAUUUGGGAGUUAAAGUUGAAACUGGAAAAGCUCUUGAAGCAGGUGAAAUUACAUUAAAAUCAUUGAAAAAAGACAACUACACAAGUGUCUUUGUUGGUAUUGGACUACCCGAACCAAAGAAAAUCCCUGUAUUCAAAGAUCUCACGAGGGAUAAUGGAUAUUAUAGCUCAAAAGAGUUUCUUCCCUUAGUUGCUCGAGGCUCAAAGCCUGGUAUGUGCUCAUGUAAAACUCAGCUUCCAUCAUUUAUCGGUGGUGUAGUUAUUGUUCUUGGAUCAGGGGAUACAGCUUUUGAUUGUGCCACUUCAGCAUUAAGGUGUGGAGCACGCCGGGUAUUUGUAGUUUUCCGCAAAGGAUUCACAAAUAUUAGAGCUGUGCCCGAGGAGAUGGAGCUGGCUAGAGAAGAAAAAUGUGAAUUUUUACCUUUCCUGUCUCCAUUGAAAGUCUUCCAAGGUGAGAAUGGCAAAAUUACAGGCAUGGAAUUCGUGCGCACCACUCAAGAUGAUGAUGGCAAUUGGGUAGAAGAUUAUGAGCAGACAACAAAGUUGAAGGCUAAUUAUAUCUUGUCAGCAUUUGGAUCUUCUUUGACAGAUACCGAUGUGCAAGAUGCAUUGGAUCCGAUUAAAUUCAAUUCUUGGGGUUUUCCCGAAGUUGAUACCAACACAAUGGUUUCAAGUGAGCCAUGGGUUUUCUGCGGUGGCGAUAUUGCAGGCCAAGCACAUACAACAGUGGAAGCAGUAAAUGAUGGAAAAACAGCAGCCUGGUAUAUGCAUGAAUAUCUUCAGAGUUGCCAUGACCAAAGUGUAUCAGAAGUCCCGAGGUUGCCAAAUUUCUUUACAGCAAUAGAUAAAGUUGAUGUGAGCAUAGAGCUGUGUGGUAUGAAAUUUCCAAAUCCCUUUGGACUAGCAAGUGCACCUCCAACAACAACAUCUGCAAUGAUACGACGUGCAUUCGAAGAAGGUUGGGGAUUUGCUCUAACAAAAACAUUUUCUCUGGAAAAAGAUAUUGUGACUAAUGUGUCACCUCGUAUUGUUAGAGGAACAACAUCCGGACAACUUUACGGUCCAGGACAAGGAUCGUUUUUGAACAUCGAGCUCAUUAGUGAAAAAAGUCGUCAGUAUUGGUGCCAAAGUAUAACUGAACUGAAGAAGGAUUUCCCAGAAAAAAUAUUGAUUGCAAGUAUCAUGUGUGGUUAUAACAAAGAAGACUGGACUGAACUAGCUCAAGCAGCAACGGAAGCUGGAUCCGAUGCCUUAGAGCUGAAUCUUUCUUGUCCCCAUGGCAUGGGAGAACGAGGGAUGGGGCUGGCUUGUGGGCAAGAUCCUGAACUUGUUAGGAAUAUAUGUAGGUGGGUGAGAGCUGCAAGUAAGCUACCUUUCUUUGCAAAACUUACACCAAAUGUUACAAAUAUCGUUACGAUUGCUACUGCUGCAAAGGAGGGAGGUGCUGAUGGUGUAACAGCAACAAACACGGUAUCUGGACUGAUGGGAUUACAUUCAGAUGGAAGUGCUUGGCCCAGAGUAGGAGCUAGUAAGAAAACAACAUAUGGAGGAAUGUCAGGCAAUGCAAUACGUCCUAUUGCCCUCCGUGCUGUUUCAGCAAUUGCUCGUGCCCUUCCUGGAUUUCCUAUUUUAGCAACAGGUGGUAUCGAUUCUGCAGAGGUUGGCUUGCAAUACCUCCAGGCUGGAGCAACUGUUCUUCAAGUGUGCAGUGCAAUCCAAAAUCAAGAUUUCACUUUAAUCCAAGAUUAUGUGAAUGGAUUGAAAGCGUUGCUAUAUAUGCAAUCCUCUGAAGAAUAUAAGAGUUGGAAUGGACAGUCACCAGUCACACCAAGACACCAGCUUGGAAAAAAGGCCUAUAAUAUGUCCAGCAUGGUCGGGAAAGAUCUACCUCACUUUGGUCCAUUCAAGAAAGAAAGACAAACAGUUGUUGCAAAAUCCAAAGAAUCUUUAGAUAUCAGUAACACAUCAGCAACUCCAGCAUCCCUUAAUAUUCCCAUGAGAAAAAUAGUGUCAGUAAGUGAUGUAAUCGGUGCAGCUCUACCAAUGAUUGGAGCAUACAAUGAUUUGAACAACAAAGAACAGGUUGUUGCUGUUAUCGACCCUGAAAUGUGUAUUAAUUGUGGAAAAUGUUACAUGGCUUGCAAUGAUUCAGGAUAUCAAGCAAUUGUGUUUGAUCCAGUCACUCAUCUUCCAACGGUAAAUGACUCUUGUACAGGAUGCACACUUUGUGCAAGUGUAUGUCCUAUUAUCGAUUGUAUAAAAAUGGAGAAACGAGAAACUCCUUACAUUCCCAAUAGAGGAAUCCCAAUUACAGUUGGAGUUUUAAGUUAGAUUGAGUCAAGUUAAAUGUCACUACAAGAUCAUUGUUCACAAUAAUUGUACUAGUUGUACACCAUCGGUCGUUACAUUUCAAAAAGUUAUAUUUUUGUGUUCACAUCAACUACUACUUGUCAAUAAAAAUUUAUCAUGAGUUUAAUAUUUACUAAACAGGGUGUCUGUGUGAUCAUUAGAAUAUUGUAUCAUACUUGAAUGAGAAAGAUAUUUCUUACCUUUAA